AUGGCCGAUACACAGGACGGCCGUCCACGCCGCUCGACACGCACUCCUGCUCAAGCUCCAAGGACGGUGGCGGUAUCGGUGACAGGCACACCUGCGCGUUCCAAUGCAAAAAGGAAGACACCCCAGGAUGCAGAAGAAAUGCUCGGGCACAAGCUUGACCUCCUGACAAGCAGCAGGAGCAAACUCACGAAGCUAGAUAUAUCAAAAGUAUUGAAUUACGAGAAUUUUCUCAACCUAUCAUCUGAAUCACAGGAAAUGCUCGUCUCCCUUCUUCCCAGUACAGCAUUCUCUACAUUCCGACCCUCGAUUUCCCCGUCGCACGUAGAUUAUCAUGCGAUACACGAUGACCGCAGCUUACACCACCUCUCAGACACCAGUACAACCACUGAUAUCCAAUCGGUAGCUGAGCUCUCUUGUCUGCCAAGUACAUCAACCCAGCACCAACGACUGAGGUCCGCAGCUCUGGAUCCAACCACAUUCACCUCACCCUUCUUCCUUUCUGCCGCACACACAUUUCAGGACCAUCUGUACUCUGGGUGGCUCGGGAAGAAAGCCCGUGACGAUAUAAGACGUUAUGAAAUGGGGGUCGAUGAGGGCAACAUGCAUGCGGAAUGGAAGGACGAGGUCUGGGAACGCGAGCAUCCUGUAGCAGACGGAUGCAUGCCAACACCGGAUCUAACUUCGCUAGUAAAAUGCGGUUUCCUGAAAGUGGGCGAUAUAUUGUCGUACCGGCGCAUAUUCCCUCAUCUCCAAUUAGUGGUUGAGAAAGAUGUGUUAAAGGGUGCGAGUAGUCGCGUGACCCGUGUCGCGACUGUGACUUCGAAAGUGUGCGCCACCACCGCGACGCGACCCUCACCGAGCCUCCUCACAUUCAGUUUCGCGAUCCGGGCGACCUCGAGAAGGGCUCCGAACUACGCGUAUGAUCCUGACCAGGAUCCAGAGGAGAAGCGCAAUGUGCGACGAGGUUACCGCGCACUUCGAAAGGAAACAGAAAAUUCCAAAGGAAACGUGAAUGAACUCUCAACUGAUCAGCUCGUCGAGAGAGUUCACAAUGCAGAUAAACUCUUUGAGAUGGUCAAGGGUCCAUCGGAGGCAACACUAGACUCUGAUAUUCUUGUUCAACUUACCCAGGCUACGACCGCAAAGGCGCGCGCCAUGAAAUCCGGUUCUGGCGCGUUCGAUGUAGAUGAUUUCAUUACACGCCUUAUCACCUUCAUGGGCGGUCGUAAGAACCACCUUCCUGAUGACUAUGACUCAGACGCUGGCGAGGACUACGCUGAUGGACCGCUCGACUGGGCGCGCGUAGGACGGCGCGCACUUGUAUACAGUCACAGGGCCCCUGCGAUUGAUUUUAUGCUUGGUCCAUUAUCAAUAGAGCAAAAGAAGCGGACUAUCGCAAAGCGGGCUAAAUUAGAAAAAGACAAGCGCGACGAGAAGAAGCCACAACAGAUCACAGAAGAUGACAUUACGCGCUCUGAGAAUGAAACGACCAAGAAUGUUGCCACUCUAGAGAACAUUCUUUUGCAACAAGACGGCGCAAUAAAUUUGUUCAGGUUUAUUGUCAAUCCGAACGACUUUGGACAGUCUGUUGAGAACCUCUUUUACCUGUCAUUCCUGAUCCGCGAUGGCAAAUGCGCUUUGGAGACAGAUGAGAAAGGGGAACCAGUUAUCUAUAUCUGUGCCCAGCCGUCAGAAGACGACUAUGCGGAUGGCCUAAAGAAAAGACAAAUGGUUAUGGAAUUUGACAUGGCAACAUGGCGUCGGGCUAUCGAGGUCUUCGACAUCAGAGACGCUGUCAUCCCACAGCGGCCAAAAUCGGAAACGCGUAUUGGUCAGAAGUGGUAUGGGUGA